AUGGCUCCCCGAAAGAAUGCACAAUCAACCGCCGCCGAGAUUUCUCUUGUACACCUGAAGAACUGUCUAGUUAAUCUUCCCUCGUCGCUUGUCAACUUGCUUGUCAAUGUCAAUACUCCCGCCCAGAAUGUCAUUGUCGAGCUUAACUACCGUCCCCCCUCCACCGCGAAUGGCUCCACGAAGGCUAAUGGUUCGCCGGCGCAGCGAUCGAUAUAUGUUGGAUGGACGGGGAUGCCCAGUAAGCGAAAGUUAGCUCCCAUAGUCGACCGCGACGGGAUCACCGCAGCGCGCGGCGGUGGCAAGGACCAAGAAGUUGCCUCCGUCGAGCUCGAUGCUACACUAGCAGCUACUCUGGGACUAUCAGACGGCCAGAAGGUCUUAGCGACUAUACACGUUGAUCCUCCUCUCGCGCAUACGGUCAAUAUCGAACCUCUAACGCCGGAAGAUUGGGAAAUCAUCGAGUUGCAUGCAACAUUCUUGGAGCUCAACCUGCUUUCGCAAAUUCGCGCGUUGCCAAAUCCCGCCUAUACACCAGGACAGGAUCAACCACCGAGCUCGCAUCCGUUGACUCUUCAUCUGUCGCCUACAUCGACAGCCAACAUCAGAAUCCUGUCUCUUGAACCGGCUCCCUCGGCCGAUGUCGCAUUUGUCAAGAUAGCUCCCGAUGCCGAAGUUAUCGUUGCGCCGAAGACGCGGUCGAAGCUUUCCAAGGGUAGUCGUGAGAACCGCAGUGUCGGAGGCACGUCAAGGAGGAGCGGGAAGAGCUCCGCCAGUACCGUCCGCAGAAAGAACGGCCGCGAAGAACGAAAACCGGCUUUAUUUCUCAGGGGUGUGGACCGGAGGCUUUGUCAUGAAUGGUUCGAGGACGAAGCAGCGCCACAGGACUUGAGCGUUUGGGUCGACAGAGACCAGUUAUUCUCCAAGGACUUCCGGGGUGUCAACUGGGUUGCCGUCAACAUUGUUAAGCCAGCUGGAUUGCAGCCUCCACUAGAUCCCCAACAGCAACAGCAGGAUACGGCCGGUGCCGAAAUGGCGAAACGCGCAGAAAGAGUCAUUGCGCAGCUUCGCCAUUGGGAGGAUGCCCCGAAUAGCCAGACGAUUGCCCUCUCCACACCCUUGUGUGCGGCAUUGGGGUGUCAGGAGGUCGUAGGAGGGAUUGUGAAGAUUGAGCCGGCUCCACAGCCUCUCUCACGCAGCACAGUUGAACGCUUGCGGGUCUUCCCAUUCUCAACCCUAAGCCAAAAGGCUUCAAAUGGUCUUAGGUUUGGUGGGGAGUCAAAAGCAGAGAAAGAGGAGGCUGGUAAACGGAUCUCCCAUAUCUACGGCCAAAAAGGCGUCGCUAAUGGGCUUUUGCAUGGACCCCUGACCGACGGGAUGAUAUUGGGGACAUAUGAUGGUCUUGAGACGCCGCAGGGCUGGGAAGGCGGCAUCAUCAAACUUGACGCGUCGGGUACCAAUUCUGGCCAAGGGGACUCCUUGAAAUGGUGUCUCGCAUCCGAACGCCCCUUUCCGAUUGAAGUGCAAACAGCAAUCGGCCGACCAACAUGGCUAGAAGAGAAAGCAACUGACGAGGGUUUUCUUUCUAGCGAUUCGGUCCUAGUGGGGAUUGAUUCACUUCUAACUGACCUAAAAUCGCAUAUUUCCCACAUGUCUUCGGUUCUGCUUACCGGAGCCCUAGGAUCGGGAAAGACAGCCGUGGCGCAGUCUCUAGCCCAGAAGCUACGCGAUGAUUUCUUGUUCCACACCACCUAUUUCCCGUGUCGAAAGCUAGUAAAUGACGAAAGCAGGAUAUCCACAAUCCGGGAGACCCUCACACGUGUGUUCAUGACCGCAAGCUGGGGCGCGAGACUUGGGGGUCGAGCAAUUGUCAUUCUCGACGAUUUGGACAAACUGUGUCCGGUCGAGACAGAGUUGCAGGUGGGAAACGACAACGGGCGAAGCCGGCAGGUCAGUGAAACCAUAUGUGCAAUUGCGCGUCAGCACUGUGGUCGGGACAGUGGCGUGGUACUUCUCGCGACCGCUCAGGGCAAAGACUCACUUAACAACGUGAUUAUUGGCGGUCACGUCGUCCGCGAAAUCAUAGAACUGAGAGCACCAGACAAGGAAGGACGAAGAAGGGUGAUGGAGAUGGUUGUAAGACAACAUACUAUGUCGCCGAAACACAUUCAGGCUUCCGCUUCUGAUGCAAGCCGGCUCACGACAGCUGACGGUAGCAUUGAAGUGCAAGAUGGUGGCACCUGGAUGGAUGGAGAAAGCCAACCAAGCCGAAGCCGAAGCAACUCAGUUGCCAAAUCAAAGGCUGACGGGUUUCUCUUUGACACUGGACUCGACUUUCUGGACCUCGCAGGGGAGACUGAUGGCUACAUGCCUGGUGACCUCCUUCUACUUGUUUCGAGAGCUCGUAAUGAAGCUCUCAUACGUUCGGUUAGCGAGACAUCAUCCAGCCAAUCCCUAGACAUCAUUCAACUUAGCCGUGUCGACUUCGACAAUGCUCUGGAAGACUUUACCCCAGCAUCUCUGCGCAACGUCACGCUGCAGACGUCUACUGCGACAUUUGACUCCAUUGGAGGCCUUAAGGAGACACGGAAGAUCUUGCUCGAAACCUUACAAUACCCUACCAAGUACGCUCCCAUCUUCGCUCAAUGCCCUCUGAGGCUUCGCUCCGGGCUUCUCUUGUAUGGCUUCCCGGGUUGUGGCAAAACACUUCUAGCGAGCGCUGUCGCUGGAGAAUGUGGCCUCAACUUCAUCUCCGUCAAGGGUCCCGAGAUCCUGAACAAGUACAUUGGCGCCAGCGAGAAGAGCGUGCGGGACCUUUUCGAGCGUGCAUCGGCUGCAAAACCCUGCGUGUUGUUUUUCGACGAGUUCGACUCCAUCGCGCCGAAGCGUGGGCAUGACUCAACUGGUGUCACAGACAGGGUUGUCAACCAGCUCCUAACGCAGAUGGAUGGCGCAGAAGGGCUGUCAGGAGUCUAUGUCUUAGCCGCGACAUCCAGGCCCGACCUCAUUGAUCCCGCCUUGCUUCGUCCUGGACGUCUAGACAAGAGCUUGCUAUGCGACUUUCCCAAUCUUGAUGAUCGCGUGGAUAUUUUGCAAGCUUUAGGCAAGAAAGUGAAGCUGGAGGACGAGAUUUCAUCAUCUACGGUGGCCUUUCACAAAUUGGCGGAGCGCACCGAAGGUUACUCGGGUGCUGAUCUACAGGCUCUCAUGUCAAAUGCUCAGCUGGAGGCCAUACACGAUGUGCUUGGUGACCUGGAGCUUCAGCCGUCUGGCAACAAACGCAGCCAGGGCGACACGCGGGAUAAGUCCGGUGCCCUUGCUCGUGCAAGGAAUUUCAUGCAAUUCCGUUACGGCACCGAGGCAUCCGCACUCGAUGCUGAGGAGCGAGCGAAGAAGGGCUAUAACAAUUCGGCCGAACUCGCUGAAAAUGCUGCCAUCGCGGCCAAGCUCGCGGAAAUUAAGCAGGCUAGGAAGCGCGCGAAGCUGGGACAAAAAGGUCCAAGUCUCAAUGGUGAGGACCACAGCAGUAAGGAGAAAGCGGACAACGAUACCGAAGUGCUCAUCGGCUGGAAGCAUAUGAUGAAGGCACUUGACAGCACUCGGGCCAGCAUCAGCUCCCAGGAGCGAACCCGACUUGAGCGCAUCUACCGAGAAUUCGUAGUUGGGCGAAGCGGCGAGAUGCGAGACGGUCAGGGCAGCAUGGAGAUUGGCGGACGGAGCAGCCUCAUGUAA